UGUCACUGGGAGGUGCGCCCUCCGAGGAGCUCUCUCCCACGCAGCUGCACCCGCAGCUCCCUGGCCCCGGAGGGAGAGCACAGAGCCUUUGUGAGGAGCCACAGCAUGGGGCUGCCCGGAGGAGGGACAGUGUCCCAGCCCCAGGCGGCUCACAGCCCCCCGGAGAAGCCGCCCAGCACGGCCAUCCUGUGCAACACCUGUGGAAACGUGUGCAAGGGGGAGGUGCUGCGUGUGCAGAACAAGUACUUCCACAUCAAGUGCUUCAUCUGCAAAGCGUGUGGCUGUGACCUGGCGGAGGGCGGCUUCUUCGUGCGGCAGGGCGAGUACAUCUGCACCCAGGACUACCAGCGGCUCUACGGCACGCGCUGCUGCAGCUGCGAGCAGCUCAUCGAGGGCGAGGUGGUGUCGGCGCUGGGCAAGACCUACCACCCUGCCUGCUUCGUGUGCGCCGUCUGCCGGCUGCCCUUCCCACCCGGGGACCGAGUGACCUUCAACGGGAAGGAAUGCGUGUGCCAGAAGUGCUCCCUGCCCACGACAGCAGGCGGUGGCACCCAUGGGCCGCAGGGCCUGCGGAGCUGUGGGGGCUGUGGCUUGGAAAUCAAGAACGGGCAGGCGCUGGUGGCACUGGACAAGCACUGGCACGUGGGCUGCUUCAAGUGCGAGACCUGCGGGAAGCAGCUGAACGCCGAGUACAUCAGCAAGGAUGGGCUGCCCUACUGCGAGGCCGAUUACCACGCCAAGUUCGGCAUCCGCUGCAACGGCUGUGAGAAGUUCAUCACGGGGCGCGUGCUGGAGGCAGGGGACAAGCACUACCACCCUUCCUGCGCACUAUGCGUCAGGUGCGGCCAGAUGUUUGCGGAAGGCGAGGAGAUGUAUCUUCAAGGUUCUUCCAUCUGGCACCCGGCGUGUCGACAGGCGGCCAGGACUGAGGACAGAAACAAGAUGCAGAGCCCCAGGUACAGCCAGGCCUGCGUGGGCGCCGCGCCCUGUGCCUUACAGGAAACAAGGACAUCCUCUGAGAGCAUCAUUUCUGUCCCCGCCUCCAGCACAUCCGGGUCUCCGAGCCGUGUGAUCUAUGCCAAGCUCGGUGAUGAGAUCCUGGACUACAGGGACUUGGCAGCUCUCCCCAAAAGCAAGGCAAUCUAUAACAUCGACCGCCCGGACAUGAUCUCCUACUCGCCCUACGUCAGCCACUCCACGGGGGACAGGCAGAGCUACGGCGAGUCACCUCAGUUGCUCUCGCCUACGCCGACUGAGGGGGAUCAGGACGACCGGUCCUACAAGCAGUGCCGGACCUCCAGCCCCAGCUCCGCCGGUUCCGUCAGCCUUGGGCGCUACACCCCGACCUCACGGUCGCCCCAGCACUACAGCCGGCCAGCUGGUACUGCAAGCGUCGGUACCAGUAGCUGGCUCUCCCUGUCCCAACACCCAAGCCCUACUUCCGUGUUCCGACAUCAUUACAUCCCCUACUUCCGAGGCAGCGAAAGCGGCCGCAGCACGCCCAGCCUCUCCGUGCUCUCGGACAGCCGGCCGCCCUCCUCCACGUACCAGCAGGCGCCCCGCCACUUCCACGUCCCAGACACUGGCGUAAAAGAUAACAUCUAUAGGAAACCCCCUAUCUACAAACAGCAUGGUCCUGUAACCCAAUCCCCAAUGUCCAAGCUCUCUGGCCUGGUGUCAGUCUUGUCCUUGGUGGUGCAGGAGGCAGGGCGCUCCAAAAGACUGGCAGGGUCCAGCCCACCCCUGGCCGCAGCCGCGAGGCGAUUGGACGGGGAAGAUGGAAGCUUCGACCAGGAUAACAGGAAGAAGACCAGCUGGCUGCUGCUCAAGGGGGACACUGACGUGAGGACGAACUCUCCAGACCUGGACAGCCAGUCUCUGUCGCACAGUAGCGGGCUGGAGCGGGAGCCGCUCCCGAGAGCGCCCGGAGACAGCUUCUACUCACGCCUCCCCUAUUCCAAGUCCGAUUCUCCCCCAGGACCUGGAAAGAACGGCUUGGACUACCGGAAUGCCAAUAUGGCCCCUUUCGGAGCAGAGCCAGAUGCCGGCUGGGGCACGCGAGAGUACAAGAUCUACCCUUACGACUCCCUCAUCGUGACAAACCGCAUCCGCGUGAAGCUGCCCAAAGACGUGGACAGGACAAGGCUGGAGAGACACUUGUCGGCUGAGGAGUUCCAGGAAGUGUUUGGGAUGAGCAUGGAGGAGUUUGACCGCCUGGCGCUGUGGAAGAGAAAUGAGCUGAAGAAGAAGGCCCUGCUGUUCUGACGGCCACAGCCUCUCACCACGGGCCCAGGGACGGAAGAGAACCAUGCCAAGCCCACAUCGCGCCUCGCUCUGGCUUCUCUGUGUCGUGGGGUGGGGGGACAGCGUGCCUGGGGAGCCAGGCCGGGAGGGAGGCGGCCCCGGCAGCGCCUCUCUCUGUGCCAGUGAUACUCCUGCCUGUAGUUUAGGGCCCGCCACAAGCUUGACCGCCUUUCCCCUGCUGCGGCUGGCACCAGGAGCCGCUGUGGCCCGGCUGCCACAGAAGGCAGCCGCAGCCACCUUGGCAGCAUCCUCGGGGUGUCCGGCCCCCGCACCAGGCACUCGGGUCCAGGUGGCUGGGAUGUGGUGUCAGCGGCUGACACCCUUGGGGUGGCCGCUCGGAGCGGGGCAGGCACAGCCAGCCUCACAGACUCAGGCCAGGGCAGGAGGGUGACGCUGAGCUUCCCAGGCUGUGCCAAGUGCAAGGUGCGGGGUUUCCGCAGCUGUCAGCGACAGGUCUUUGGGGAGACAGACGUCAGGCUGAUAGGGCACCUGCGCCAGUGCUCCUCUGGUCACCGCGUCCUUCUUCCAGAUCACCCCCUAGAUGCCUCCGUGAUAUCUUUCGAGUUACACAGAAGUUUUUAUUUUAUUAAAAAGUAUAGCUUCCUUCCACAGAAGAGGACAUAUAUGCAGAGUUUAGUUUCUUGGCCCUGCGAGGGGCGCCUCCAGCCUUACCCCGCCCGCAGGUCUCUGUGGCUCCCGUUCUCCAUGUUCCAGGGGACACGGUGCCUUGUGUGCCUCCUCGUGUCUCUCCUCCUCUGUGCGUCACGCGGUGCCCUGAAGACACACCCCUCCAGUGCUGUGUGCAAAUACGCGUGAGCGGUACCCCAUCUUCCCUGCCGUUGUUCUCUGAGUCUCAGAAAGGAAACCCCCCGUUGGCCAAAGCCCUGGAAUAAAGGUGUCCACACCCCA